CGUGACUCACGCUGAGCAAGUGAUAACGUUAACCGGUCAACCCAUUUAACCCCUUGAGUAGAUGCCCCUGUUCUCUCUUUCUGCAGAAAAGGCUUUCGAAGUCCACUUUCUAGAUCGACGUCCGUUUGUCAAGACAUCUACAAGAUGAAGUCCGCCGUCAUCCUAUUCGUGCUGUUUCUGUCAGCUUUUCACAUCGUCUGCGCCGUAAAUCCCUUUACGGCUCCCUUGUCGUGGCUUCGCGACAUCCUGUACGGAGAUCACGAAGAACGGAGGUUGCUGCUGGCGUCUCGGAUAUUAGCAGCCGUCGUCAACGACCCCAUGUCCUUUGCAUCGGGACCCGACACACAGCUAGGAGGAUCGCCUGCUCUGGAGAAUGCAGAAGCUACGUCUGCUACGAAACGCUCGACGGCCACUACGCUUACAAGACGCAGGCGGACGAUAUUCAACGGCCACGUGGAGAAGUCUUUGCGUCUAGUUCGCUUGAACGACGUCAACGACUGCAUCUCGCUCAUGGUGUGCAGUGCGGCCAGAGUUCCAAGGAGUUACGGCAGCUUCGGCGUGAAAAUCAACCGUUUUUUUCGAUACCCAACCUGGGACAGUGGAUCUGCUGGAUCGUACUACGCAAAGAUAGCCCGCAUGGGACGGAAGUCAGGCUCCUGCCGAACCCGUUUCACGCGCUGCCGUCGACCGAUGAAACCUCUGUUUACGUCACGGACACGUGUCACACUGCGUGGGCGGUGACGUCAUUCGUCGCAGUCUCAAGUAUCUCCUCCACCUAAGAUCAGUUAUCAUCUACCAUUUUAUUUAUAAUGACAUCGUGAUCGCAAAUCAUCUAUGCCCCGAUUCUUUGACGCAACGUACGACUGGAUAUGUUUCACUCUAUGAUAUGUUUCUUGCAAUGCUACGAUGCCUCAUCACAUGUUCUGUACAUGUCAUCCUUCGUAACUUGCUACAUGGUUUCAGGUGCUGAAUAAACUUGAUGCAUUUUAGAUUAA